CGCGCUCUUGCUGGACUCAUUGAUCAGGAUGAGCCAGGCGCGCCGGCGAGGUUAUAUAGCCCGUCCUGGGCGGCUGGGCGGACACAACGCCUCCUCUCCGUCGGGGCGGGAAGUCCGAAAGCGAAGCCAAAGGAGGCUCAGGGCUGCUUCUCUCCUCCAGGAAGACGAAGGAGUUGGGACCCGCCCGGAGGCAAUGAAGUCGGGCGAAGAGUGAGGCGGAGGCGAGCGGGAGCGCAAGGAUCCCUUUGGCGCCCGGACAACGGCAUGGCCAACGCCUCGGAGGGGCCCCAGCAGAUUCAGAGUAUGGGACCUCAUCACAGAACAAAAGUGGAUGUUCCUGACCAUGUUCUUUACACCGUAGGUUCUUGUGUUCUGGUAAUCGGCUGUAUUGGAAUUACAGGAAACCUUCUCGUCCUUUAUGCAUUUUACAGCAACAAGAGGUUGAGGACUCCACCAAACUAUUUCAUAAUGAAUUUAGCAGUAAGCGAUUUCCUGAUGUCUGCAACUCAGGCUCCAAUCUGUUUUCUCAACAGUAUGCACAAGGAAUGGGUACUUGGAGAUAUAGGUUGUAACUUGUAUGCUUUUUGUGGGGCGCUCUUCGGAAUAACCUCAAUGAUUACGUUGUUGGCUAUUUCGGUUGAUCGUUACUGUGUGAUUACGAAGCCUCUCCAAUCCAUAAAAAGGACAUCAAAAAAGCGCACCUGCAUCAUCAUUGUCUUUGUCUGGCUCUACUCACUUGGAUGGAGUGUAUGUCCACUCUUUGGGUGGAGUUCCUAUAUACCAGAGGGUUUGAUGAUAUCCUGUACAUGGGACUAUGUGACCUAUUCUCCAGCAAAUCGAAGUUAUACUAUGAUGUUGUGUUGCUGCGUGUUCUUUAUCCCCCUCGUCAUCAUCUUCCACUGCUAUAUAUUCAUGUUUCUGGCCAUAAGAAGUACAGGCAGGAAUGUUCAAAAACUGGGUUCAACCUAUAACCGGAAAUCCUCUAUUUCACACUCUAUAAAGAGUGAAUGGAAGCUUGCAAAAAUUGCCUUUGUGGCCAUUGUGGUGUUCGUCUUGUCCUGGUCUCCAUAUGCUUGUGUUACUCUAAUUUCAUGGGCAGGUUACGCCAGGACCUUAACUCCGUAUUCUAAAUCUGUGCCUGCUGUUAUUGCCAAAGCUUCUGCAAUCUACAAUCCCAUAAUCUAUGCAAUCAUUCACCCAAGAUACAGAAGAACCAUUCGAAGUGCUGUUCCUUGCUUGAGAUUUCUUAUACCGAUAUCUAAAAGUGAUCUUUCAACAAGUUCUAUGAGUGAGUCAUCGUUCCGGGCUUCUGUAUCUAGCCGUCACUCUUUCAGCUACAGGAACAAGAGCACUUACAUUUCCUCCAUUUCUGCUAAAGAAACAACUUGGUGUGAUGUAGAGCUUGACCCUGUUGAGUCAGGCCACAAGAAGUUGCAAGCCUACCGAAGUAAUUCUUUUUCAGCCAAAGGAGUAGCAGAAGAAGAGAGUGGGUUGCUUCUCAGAACAAAUAACUGCAAUGUGCCAGCAAGAAAAAAGGUUGCUCUGUCAUCCAUCAGUCUAGAAGAAUCACAUGCACAAUCCUUUGGAGGGAACAGCUCAGAACUGUUGCUCCUAAGCAGUUCCUUGAAAACAUCUUCUCUUCCAUUUGGCUUGAAUGGUAGCAGCACAGGAGAAAGUACUGAUACUUCUCAAUUGGAAGGCCAAGAAAACCAAAUAAAUGGAAGCCUGGACUCCUUCACAAGCCCUAUUCUUCCACAAAUUAUUAUAAUUCCUACCUCAGAGACCAAUCUCUCUGAGGGGCAAGCAGAACCAGAAAAUGCACAAGAUGAAAAUAUAGAUUUAUUUUUUUCUCAAGGGAAGAACCACCUCCUGGACAUAGGAAGGCUUAGUUCCUCUACUGAACUCCUUGAAGCAAUUGAGAAGCUUCUGUCAUAAAUACAGAAGACAGCAAUGAUCUGAUUUGGCUGCUUCUUUGCAUUAAUAUACCAAAAACAAACUGAAAGAGCCUUGUAGAUUAAACAGAGAACUUUUAUAUAUUUUUACACAGUCUAUAGGACGUUCCUGAAUUUUGCAGAAGUCAACUACAGUAAUAGAUGCUGAAAGCCCAAAGUAUACAUAGCUUAAGUAAUAAGAGUCUGCCACUCAAACUGCCUAGUACUUCACAACAUAUGUAUUUGGAACAGAUCUUUCAGACAUUGAUAAAUCAUGAGUAUUGUCAUUUUUGGAAUGUCAAAUAAGGAUAUGCUCUGACAUUGUCUACAAAUGCCAAAACUAGUUCAUGAAAGAUGUUUGGAAAUGUACCUCACUCCAUGUUUCUAAACAUGCCAUCUCUAGUAGUUGAUCCACUCCCCAUUUUAUUAUCCAGGUGGAAGAUUAUGAAUGCAAGCAGAUAUGGUUGAAGAAUACAACAUGCCAUUGCUUAGCAACCAGGAUGUUAUGAACUUAGCAACAAUGGGCUAUUUGUCAUCCAAUUUCUGAGGCUGUGACUAGAAGAAGGAAGAAUGGCUAUAGAAAGAGAAUAGGUAGACCUUGGGUAGUCACUGGAAAUAACCUAUUUAGCACAAAGCUCCUAGCUUGUCACUGGAUAAUAAACCUAGUCUGAUAGAAUUGCUGCCAAGAAGGAAAAGUAUGUAACUAUAUACAGGCAAUAUAUAGUUUAAAACCUCUCAUAUCUACAAAUAAAAAUCACUGAUACUUAAA